GGUAAAUGUAACUUUGUUUUUGUUCACAUCGUCGGUUUGGAAGAGUUGCCAGAUUGGCAGAACAUCUAUCUUGGAUGGCCCUGUAUGCUUCUUUCUCGAAUCUAGGUUGUUCUGUCCACGCUUAAACCCUCGAUCCAGGGCGCGGAAAGGGGCAGAUUAAGGUUGUACUGCAAGGGUACGAAGAGGUUGCUCUGUAAACUGUGUGUGUCAGGACAGAAACGGUUUUGAUCAAAAUGCUACCGUUUGUCGGACCCGCAGAACCAACUCAAAGGGCUGGCUUUCGAAAACCGAGGCAAACGCUGAGCCAUCCUUUGGCUUGAACUAUGCGGAAAGACCUGAAUAAUGGAGUGGCGGAGAAAGAAUAAUUGACCUACAUAUUUUUUAGAAUUACAACCAUUCUCAUGUACCUGGCCACUUUCAGGCCUGAAUUCAACCCGAACGACGUUGUACAGUAUAGAAACACCAGACCGAGUGGUUGUUCCAAGAUGCCCAUACAAGAGAUCUAUCUGUGACCCUGAAACGUGCUUACCCAGGGUAUCUUUUUUAUGUUUCCACAUUUGUGCUGGCGGUAACCACUAGGGAGGGACAAAGGUCGAUCAAGGCUAGUUACUUGAAUGGCUGCGAAACCAAGUUUGCUUUUUAGUUUUGCCCCAAGCCCCAUCGCCUCAUCUCGCGAUCUGAUAUGCUUCCGGCUAGGCGAAGGCUACCAGCCACGGACGGAACUUUCAGCUUUGCCUUCCGCGAAAAUUGUUGUUCCCUUUUCGUAUCGAGCCUGACUUGCAUGAACGUGGGUACCAGAUGGCUGUGGGACGCUCCGUCAACUUAUAUACCCCGCUGAAGGGUCCAGCAACAGAGCUUCUUUUUAUGCGUAACUUCAAUAUCCAGCUACCACCUUGCCGGUCAAGACUUCAGGUGUGUCCUGCUCUGUUCGGAUCAAUGUAGAUAAGCACGCGAUCUUAUCCCAGAGAUCAAUUGGAAUCCAGGACUCUCCAAACCUUUGGGUUUCUAGCGUUUUCUGUUUCUUGGAUUCCUCCUGGUGUUUUUGGUGCGCAUCACCAUCCGUGUCAACAAAUGUCUCUCGAAGAAAGCCAAAGCAGAAGGGAUUAUAGCUUGAUCAAGAAGCUUUGGAGUUCGGCCUCUUCUCCUUUUCGAGUACACCGGUUUAUUUUUCGCAAUAAGUCCCCCCAGAGGCCAAUCGCAGGACCGUCUCCAGACCCCAGGGAUAAUAACAUGAGUGAUCCACGCGCACAUUUUGAUCCUGCCGCUAUGGUGGGUCUGUCAGAGGCCUCCCAUCGAGCCGACGAUCCUCAAUUUGACAUAUUUGAAUGGUAUCCGCGUUACCAGAACUGCCAGCGAUAUUUCCUCGAUCAUGCCCAAUAUAGUAUUCCCGUUCAGGCGUUGUCCGCUUUCCUGAAUAUUUAUCUCCCUUUCCAGAGACAACCGAAUCCACUUUUCAGUUCGUCUUCGAACGUUGCUCCUAGAAGCUCACGACCCUCAUCUCCACCGCCCAACCGGCCACAAGUAUCUCCCGCUAUCUCCCUUGUCCCUUAUAUUCGACGCCUGGUAGCAACUGGCAUGGAUUUCCCAGGUGUUCUGCAUGGGUUUUUUGGGGACGAUUGGGUUGCCGGCGUUGGCCACCUCCACGAACAAGAACGGCGCAACUACCUCUUCGCUGCGAAAAGCGGCGGGUGGGCAUCUGUAAAACAAGAUUAUGAUAUGCCACCUUUGGAAACGAUCCCAUUCCUGCGACCUUUACAAGCACCAGCGGACGCCGAGAUUGAGGCUGCGGAGAAGAGCUGGAGCGAGUGGCUCGCGAUGGAGGACUGGAUGGUAGGGCCUCGAGCUCCAGAUAUUUUGCAUGGUUCCUCAACACACUCGCGGGAGAGAAGCGUGGGAAGUGCGAGGUCCCAAUAAUGCUUUUCAUUUGUCAAAUACAUUUUUAUGUUUCCUAUUUCCUCCAUCUAACGCUCUUUGGUUUCUUCCAUGGGCGUUUACUGGCGCUUCACUUUGUUCGUCACACUUUGGAUACCCCUUUUAGAGGAGUUUUAUCCCCCUCCUGUUUGAGAUGUAUAUCAAUGAUGAAGCUAUCCUAAUAUUUGACAUAUUUUUACUACAACAUAUAAAAUGCCAAGAACAUGGAUGGGGAAACACCCACUACGCUUGAGUUAUUCUGUCCAUCACGUUUUCAAGAAAGUUUUUCCAUUCGUCUCAAAUGGCUGGAUGCACUGUUGACCUGGCGCAUUCCGGCAUAUACCCCUAUACAUUAUCCGAGGAAGCCCUCCAUGUUCCCUGCAGAUAACCCAAAAAAUGAAAUGAAGAUAGGGAGGGGAUGAUGUGGAUAUAAAGUGUGCAGCGUAGAGACAGAGAGGGUGUUAGGGGUGGCAAACGCUUGACAUGUAAACCAAAUAUACAGGACAUUUUUAUCUGAUUGAUGCCAUGUGAGGUAGGCUCUAAGAAAAGGUGGUAACUAUGAUGCAUCUUUUCUGAUUAAUUGCUGCGCUGUAACCCAAGUUCCAAGAGUGAUAUGUGCAUAUGAUGUUACUUGUAUGAUUACUAUAUAGUAUUAUGAAAUGUUGGGGGUUGUAUGGUAUAAAUUAUGUGAAGUUUUGUGCAGCAUCGAAGUAAGUACACCUAGGUAGGGUAGGUGGUUUAAGUAUUUUGAAGAUCGAAGUGACUGCGCCGAAGCCCUGGCUGUCGAAUCGUGAGCCAAUUGUCUUCGUCCGUAAUUCAUACCUAAUUCG